UUUUUCUUACUUUAUCAUGAAUCCAAAUCAUGUUAAAACUCCUGCUGUAAGCCUGUAACGAUAAAGAUAAGAGAAUAUUUUACGAGUCAAGUAAAAUAAAAUAUUUAUUAAUGCGUAAUGUAAUUUAUAUAUACACCUCCAUUCUCUUCCCACACACAUGAGAACACUCCAAAGAGUCUCUUCUUCUUCCUCUUGCCUCCAUCUGACAGAGUCUCUCUCUAUAUUUGCUUAAUCUUUCUCCCCCUAUCAAAAAUGAAAAUGCUGGGUUUGGUUUUAUGUAUUCUCACAAUUCUUGCGGAUUUCACAACAAUUACUGAAGGAAGAAUCCCAGGAGUUUACAAUGGAGGUGGUUGGGAAACUGCUCAUGCUACUUUCUAUGGUGGCUCUGAUGCCUCUGGCACCAUGGGAGGUGCGUGUGGGUACGGUAACUUGUACAGCCAAGGCUACGGUGUGAACACAGCGGCUUUAAGCACGGCUCUGUUCAACAACGGCUACAGUUGCGGCGCUUGUUUCGAGCUCAAGUGCGCGAGUGAUCCUAAGUGGUGUCACUCAGGUAGCCCUUCCAUCUUCGUCACCGCGACCAACUUUUGCCCGCCGAACUUUGCUCAGCCCAGUGACAAUGGCGGAUGGUGCAACCCUCCUAGGCCUCACUUCGAUCUCGCUAUGCCUAUGUUCCUCAAGAUCGCCGAGUAUCGCGCUGGAAUUGUCCCUGUCUCUUUUCGCCGAGUGCCAUGUCGGAAGAUAGGAGGAAUGAGGUUCACGAUCAACGGUUUCCGCUACUUCAACUUGGUUCUGGUAACAAACGUUGCCGGUGUCGGAAACAUAGUGCGGCUAAGCGUGAAAGGAACAAGAACUUCGUGGAUGACCAUGAGCCGAAACUGGGGGCAAAACUGGCAAUCAAACUCUGUUUUAGUUGGCCAAGCACUUUCUUUUAGAGUCACGGGCAGCGACCGUAGAAGUUCCACGUCAUGGAACAUCGCUCCCGCUCAUUGGCAGUUUGGACAGACUUUCAUGGGAAAGAACUUCAGAGUCUAGAGGCGAAUCAUCUACCAAUAUCCCCAUAUAUUAGUAUUUUCUAUGUAUUGUUACUAUUAUCAAAAUUUCCAAGCCGAAGGCAACUAGUAAUUGAGAAAUUAUUAUAUAUAAUAUAGUAUUAUUUUCAUGUUUCCAGACCACUAUAAAUUCCUAAUUUCUAUCUC